AUGGCCGACGAUGGGUUACGUGGCAUUGGAGUCUCUGCGCAGGCGCAGUGCACUUUUCACCGGUAGUGUCAAGAUGGUGGCAAUCAGAAUGCAGUUUACACUUUAUUUGGUGGUGUUGUUAAAUAUUUACAACAGUUUUGUGUCUGCGUUGUACUUUCAUAUCGGCGAGACUGAAAAGAAAUGCUUCAUAGAAGAAAUACCAGACGAAACCAUGAUAAUAGGUAACUACCGAACACAGCUCUAUGACAAGCAGAAAGAAGAGUAUUUGCCUGCAACUCAAGGACUUGGGAUGUUUGUGGAAGUGAAAGAUCCCGAUGAGAAGGUGAUCCUGUCCCGCCAGUAUGGAUCUGAGGGCAGGUUUAUUUUCACCUCCCACACACCUGGAGAGCAUCAAAUCUGCUUGCACUCAAAUUCUUCCAAAUUUGCUCUGUUUGCUGGUGGGAUGCUUCGUGUUCACUUGGACAUCCAAGUUGGUGAGCAUACAAACAACUAUGCAGAAAUUGCUGCCAAAGACAAGCUCACGGAGCUGCAGCUGAGAGUUCGACAGCUGAUGGAGCAGGUGGAUCAGAUCCAGAAAGAGCAGAACUAUCAGAGGUAUCGUGAGGAACGCUUCAGACAAACCAGCGAGAGCACCAAUCAGAGGGUUCUGUGGUGGUCUAUCGUCCAGACGCUGAUCCUGGUGGCCAUUGGUUUUUGGCAAAUGAGACAUCUCAAGAGCUUCUUUGAGGCCAAGAAAUUAGUAUAGAACUGUAUUUGGAUUUUUUAAAAAAAAAUUCUUGAUAGAGUACACAAAAUGUUGAAGAUCGCCUGCUUCACAUGUGGUCAAGACUGCUGAAAACUCGACAUGCUCUCAGAUCAGUUCCCGCCCUAAAUUCCCCUGGUUUAUACUGCAUUGAUUCUUUUUCCAUUGCUAGUUUCAGUGUCACAGCCCAAGUAAUGUGAAUCUAGUUUCUGUUCAGAAAUGCAUUACAGUUUGUUCUGAACUGUUUUGAGGUGAUAGGCUCUCAAAUACUGGAUUCAAAACACAAAUUGCAUAGUGGUUGCCUUGGAAUUUUUUUAUCGCCCCUUAAGUUGUUAACAGUAGUAUUUGUUUCAGAAAGCCGAUGAAGACAUUUUCUGGGCUGUGAGUGUGAUGUUUUCCUAAAUGUCCUUGGAUUAUUUGCGUAAACAUUUACAAGACAAAAAUAACUAUGUUUAUCCUGGUGGCAGGUGUAAAUUUUUGUUGUUGUUUGGUUAUGCAGUAAUUAGUAUGAUAUUUAAAGGUUUGUUCAGAGUGAAUGUUUCUUAGCGUUUUCUUUUUGUUCUUUAUAUAAUUGGUUUGUUUUCUUUAUUUUACCCCCAUUUUAUUUGUGUAAAUCAUCAUUGUGAUCUGGAUCAGUUAGUAUUAGGCAUUCUUCCCUUUUGAUAGCUACAUUUUGACAAUGAUUUUGCAUAAAAGUGUACAUGUGUUUAAAGUGUAUAUAUCUAAAUAAAUGGCAAACUGUAGUUAUCAAAAGGUAAAAUGUUUAAUUGUGAGUACUUGGCACAUUGAAAGAAAUUAUAUAAAAAAGUUAUUUUUUAUUUUAUCAUGAAUACCUAAAUCCCCACUAUCCAUUGUCUGUUAUUCUGACUGAAGUUUUGACAGAUUUUAAUCAAAUGAGAUUUUCUCACAUCCCUGUGAAAUCCGUAAUGCCAUCUUGCACUUGCGUUGUCAUUUUUCUAUUUCACAUCUUUAUUUUCCUGUUGUCACUUGCUCAGGUUGAUGUAGAGAUUUCAGAUUAUUUGCCCCUCAAAGUGAUCUGGCCAGAAUAUGCAUCUAAAAAGGAUAUCUGUUUGCUUUUUUUGUAGUUGUAUUUUCUUUAUAAAAAAAAAAUAUUUUGCAUUUUGAGUGUUUUGUUACACCGAAUAUUGCUCACUCAAGAUCUUUGCCCUCUCAUUGUAUUGUAUUACAUAUAUUUUUUGGUCAUUUUAGUUUAUAAGCAGCCACAGGGAAUUGGGGUUUGCCUUUUAAGUGGGGAUGGGGAGGGAAAAGUUUUGCUGGUGAGAAAUCAACCCAUAAUUGCACUCAGAAAUAAAGUUUCCUGCUCCCCCAA